AUGGCCGAGGUUACGCGAAGUUAUCGGGGGCAGGAUCGUCCCAUUGCUGAGCUGGGAGAUUCUAUUGAGAAGUUCAAUCACCUAAAGCCUCUUACCUUUACGGGAAGUACCAACCCGAUCCUUGUAGAGAACUGGAUUCGGGAGAUCGAAAAGAUCUUGGUUGUACUGCAAUGCACCGAUGAGCAAAAGGUGUUAUAUGCUGUGUUUAAGUUGAUUGGAGAGGCCGAGAGAUGGUGGGAAGUAGUAGAGUUGCUAGAGGAGAAGAGAUUGGUACCGGUGGCGAUGACGUGGAGCCAUUUCAGAGAGGUAUUCUUUGAUUUGUAUUUUCUAGUCUCUGUCAGAAAAGCAAAAGUAGAGGAGUUCUUGAACCUGACUCAAGGACAGCUGAUAGUUCAGCAAUACGCCGCUCGAUUCUUAGUGCUAUCAUGGUUUGCUCCCUACAUGGUACCAGAUGAGGCUAUGAAGGCUUGGAAGUUCGAUAUGGGCUUGAAGCGGGAGAUUAAAAAGUAG